AAUCAAUAAAAACCCCAAAGAUGAAUAAUACAUUAAAUGAUACUCUAAUAUCUUCUUUAUCAAAAGAUUUUUAAGGAACUGAAUUUGGGGAGGGACCAAAAAGUGAUUAAUAUAAAUUAAAGUAAUCUUUUUAUAGUAUAUAGACUGGGAAAAUUGGAUAUGAUAAUGACUCCAAUAAGUAACUCAUUAACAGAAGAUUUUGAAUAGAUGACUUUGGAUACUUCACCAAAAGAGAGUAUUGUAAAUCAUAAAUAAUGUUAAUAUAUUGACACUAUCAAUGAAUAAGAAGAUAAUAAAAGCAAAUUAUAAGUAAAUUUAAACCAUAUGAUUAAUAGAAAUAUCAAAGUUUCAAGAUGCCUAAAGAGUAAAUUAGAAGAUCACCUAAACACAAAACUUGUUAACCAUUACAAACUUUAUCUUCUUGGGAUAUUGAUGAAUUUAAUUAAAAAAGUCAAAUACAUUAACAAUUAUCAGACAAUCCUUCAAUGAAUGCUUAGACAUUAAAAUUUAUAAAAGAACUAUGGAAUUCAGACAAGAGCGAGACUGAAUAAUAUAAUGAGAUGAUUCAAUACAAAAUUUCAUAUCUAAAUCAAUCUAUAUAUUCUCCUUUGAUUGAUUGUCAUAAUCAAAUAUACAUUGAGAUGGAUUUAUAUAUAACAAAUUUAAUUGUAAGAUUUAAAAUAAUAUAAUCUAGGAUUAAUUAUGGGGUAAUUAGAUAGUUAGUAGAAAAUUACAAAAGAUUCUUGAAUCUGGU